AAAAAUGCAAGGAUCGAAGGAUGAAACAGCAGGAAUAACGAUAUGCAAUGAUCGUUAGUCGAUCGAUUCUCGAUCAAUUGCAAUUGGAUUCUCCUCGACAGGGUGGGGAGUCUAUUUGAGGCGUCGCGACGCCGUGGUGCAAUGAUCAGAAUCAGUCGGUAGGUCGUAUCACGGCGAAAGGUGAAGAGAGUGGCCGUCAGAGAGAAUCGAAAAAAAGUCUGUAGCCAAGCAUCGUGCAUGGCUGUGUGCUGAUCACACUUCUGAUAUCGGAAACAUUUCGAACUUUGAGGAAGUGGAUCUUGUGAGGUGACCCAAUUGUUUUCCUUUAUCCUGGUAGAAUGGCAGCUGACGACCCCCUCCGCAAUGAACCUUUGGUUUCUGUUGAAUUCGAGGUCUUUGGCAAGGUGCAGGGUGUCUAUUUUCCAAAAUACGUGAGGGAUAUAUGCCAACAAUUGGGAAUUUGCGGUUGGGUGAAGAACACGAAAUCCGGCACGAUACUCGGAAAAAUGCAGGGACCACGUGCGCUCGUCGAUCAGAUGGCACAAUGGCUAACAAAUGUUGGAAGUCCAGGUAGUCAGAUUGAUCGCUGCGAAUUUACGAAUUGGGAGGGCAUUAGUAGGUUACAAUAUAAAGGAUAUGUUAUACGUUUCUAAUUAAACGAUUUCUUUUUAAUAUCACA